AUGAACGAUGCUGUUGAAAUGCUUUAUAGAAAUUCAUAUCGUUUGGCUUUGAGUUCUGAAAAAACAUUAAAAGCAUUAGGGAAUAUUUCUGAAAAUAAGAAAGAAGUGGAGGAAUUAAAAGCUAGAAUUGAUAGGAAUGUAAAAAAAAUAUCAAAAUAUCGACUGAGUGUGGGGAAAAAAUUUGAGAAAAUAGAAGAUACAAAGAACGAUGGACAUUCGAGUAUAAUUGAAUAUUUUGAGAAAAUUAAAAUGUUGGAGAAAGGUUUAAACGAAAACGAGUAUGGAAAAAUAGAUAAUUUGGAAAAGUGGUUAGACUUUUUAAAAUACAUUAAAAAUGAAUUGAAGCGCUUUUAUAUAUUAGAAAAAUUGGGGAAUGAGUUGUUAGAGUCUGACAAAUUAUAUAAAAAUACAAUUUUUGGUUAUUUAAAAAGAAUUGAGAAGGAAGAGAGAAAGAUUGACAACGAAAAAUUUUUAAAUGAAUGCUUUGAUUCAAAAGGGAGUAGCUUUGGCUUUGGAGGGACAUCAAAGGGGAGCAGCAGCUUUGGCAGCGUUGGAGAGACUUCAGAUUCUGACUCUUCCGGUCGGGUUCUUCCGACUCUUAAAAUCAAAGCUGAUUCGAGUUUGAAAUCAUGUGGAAGUAGUAACUCUAAUUCCCCACGACUUUGGUUUUCUAAACUUUGUGCAUCAAGGAAACAGACUGUUGAGUCUCCGAGAAAGAAUGCUACAAAUAUUAAAGGUUAUUUUUAA